CAUGGGCUUGGAGGGGAACAGCCACCAGCCACUAAUCCACAGCCCUGGAAUGUCUGUAGGCCAAUCAGCAGGGUCUUUGGGGGCUCCCUGAGGGUGCUAAUAAUCCUACAAUGAUUAGCAGGGGCCACAGGGUCAGUGCACACUGCCCUGCUUUCUGCGGUGGAGCAGGCUGCUCAGACACUGAAGCUGGAGUAAGGAGGCCUUUAGAAGAAGGGCUCUCCUGUCUCUGUCCAAGCCAGUGCACCGCUGAGGGGAGGCCAUUUGCACACAAUGAUGACUCACUAGCCUCCUCCUUUCGUCUGGCAGUUUAGCCUGACUCCUUCAGACUGUGAACAGCUUCACGAAAGCCUAGGAGGCUAGCUGGACCGCUGAGAGAAGUCUGCAGCACCAGGCAGGCUAAUGGUUCAACUGGAGCCCUCCCCUGGCCCGGGGAGCCAGAGCCGAUGGCUGCGUCUCUUGCUUGUGCUCCUAUCUCUCCUUGACAUCACCUGGACAGAGGUGCAGGCACCCCCGCUGCUGGAGCAAGCUCCUACUCUCCAAGCCCUGAGCAGGAAGGAGAGCUUCUUAAUCCUCUCUGUUCACAACCGCCUGCGCAGCCAAGUCCAGCCUCCUGCAGCCAACAUGCAGAGAUUGGACUGGAGUGAGAACCUGGCUCAACUAGCUCAAACCAGGGCGGCCCUCUGCAGCGCGUCGGCCACCCCAAACCCAGCAUCGACCCCACAGCACACCCCACAAGUGGGCUGGAAUGUGCAGCUAUUGCCCAUGGGCUCAGCAUCAUUUGUCGAAGCGAUCAACCUCUGGUUUGCUGAAGGUUUGCAGUAUAGAUAUGGGGACGCUGAGUGUGCCCACAAUGCCACCUGCACCCACUACACACAGCUUGUGUGGGCCACCUCCAGCCAGCUGGGCUGUGGUCGGCAUCUAUGCUUUGUGGACCAGGAAGCCAUGGAAGCCUUUGUCUGUGCCUACUCCCCUGGAGGCAACUGGGAUGUGAAUGGGAAGAUAAUCGCCCCUUAUAAGAAAGGCAGCUGGUGCUCACUCUGCACAGCCAGCGUCUCGGGCUGCUUCAAGGCUUGGGACCACGAAGGCGGGCUCUGUGUGCGGUGCAGUGUGCAGUGCGUGCACGGUCGGUUCCGGGAAGAAGAAUGCUCCUGCAUCUGUGAUGUCGGCUACGGGGGAGCCCAGUGUGCCGCCAAGGUGCACUUUCCCUUUCACACCUGUGACCUGAGGAUCGAUGGAGACUGCUUCAUGGUGUCUUCUGAGGCAGAUACCUACUAUGGAGCCAAGAAAAAAUGUCAGGGAAAAGGUGGGGUGCUAGCCCAGAUCGAGAGCCAGAAAGUGCAAGACAUCCUUGCCUUCUACCUGGGCCGCCUGGAGACCACCAACGAGGUGACAGACAGUGACUUUGAGACCAGAAACUUCUGGAUUGGGCUCACCUACAAGGCAGCUAAGGACUCCUUCCGCUGGACUACUGGAGAACACCUGUCCUUCACCAGUUUUGCCUUUGGGCAGCCUGACAACCAGGGGUUUGGGAACUGUGUGGAAAUGCAGGCGUCUGCUGCCUUCAACUGGAACGACCAGCGUUGUAAAACUCGAAACCGUUAUAUCUGCCAGUUUGCUCAGAAGCACAUUUCCCGGUGGGAGCCAGGGCCCUGAGCCUGGCCAGGCGGUUCUCCUGUUGGCCCCUGCGUGCACAAGUCAGUUUGUCUGACUGCUCACCUGUGUGAAACAAGGGCCUGGGUCUGGGUGGGACUGUACGUCCAACAUCCAAAGACAUCUCAGAUCUUGCUGGACGUUGGGUAGCAUAGUCAUGAAGCCCAUGGGAAAUGAACAGGGGCUCCUGCAGGGGCCUAGCAUGGGAAAAGAAGAACCAGGGAUCCUCAGCCUGCUUUUGAUUGAAAAGUUGGGCUUCCAUGGGCCCCUGAAGCAAAAUCCAGAGCCAGUGGCCGGAAGAAGCUGUUUUGUUCCAUUCAGCUCAAAUGUCCUUGGGCAGCUGGAGUUUUCCAAACUGGAGGCUUCACAAAAGAUUAAAUGAUGUUAUGAAUCAGCUGGCUUUGCAAAUGAUCGA